AAGAAAGGCAAAGGUAGCACGGUCAUCGAUGGUGUCGACACGUCCAGCAUGUCCCGGGAGCAGCUGGAGCAGUUUGCACUCCGGCUGCGCAACGAGAUGGAACGGGAACGGGAGGAGCGCAAUUUUUUCCAGCUGGAACGGGACAAACUGCGUACGUUCUGGGAAAUCACACGCAAACAGCUGGAGGAAGCGAAGGCGGUCAUUCGAAGCAAGGAGCGCGAUGUCGAGGUAGCGCAGGAGCUUGCCGACCAGGAUACCAAGAACGUCAUGCAGGAGAUGAAGCAUCUGCAGUACGAACACCAGUCGCACAUCGGAGAGUUGAAGGCGGAAAUGAUGACGCAACUUAAAAUGGCACAGGAAGACCACGCAUUGCAGGAACGUGAUCUGUUGAACGAUAAACGCGAGCUGCGUAGACUUCUGCGGGAGAAGGAAGAAAACGGCGAACUUGAGGUUCAACAACUAAAACUGAAACACAGUGAACUUCUAAGUCAGGAACGCGCCGGAUUUAAGGAAGAAAUUGAAGCAAUGACAAAACUAUACGAACAGAGACUACAAAGCUACAAGGAAGAAGCUGAGAUUCGUCACGAAAUGGAACUGUCCGAGGUGGAGGAACGCAAGAACGCGCAAAUCUCAGAACUUAUCCACACCAACGAGAAUGCUUAUAAGGAGAUGAAAGGUUACUACAACGAUAUCACAUUGAACAAUUUGGCUCUAAUCAACAGCAUGAAAGAACAAAUGGAAGAAAUGCGCGUGCAGGUCGAUAAAGACUUGAAGAACCAUUCGGAAGUAAUGGCAGAAAAUCGAAGGCUUGUAGAACCGCUAAAACAAGCCCGCACGGAGCUGAUUGAACUCCGCAAGAAACUGCAGUACUACGAUCGGGACAAGGCAACUUUAAAUCGUGUCAAAACACGUCUCAGCACAACUCAAAAACAACUGAGCAGUCUAAAACUUGAAUCAGAUGUACUGCAGAUGCGCUGCGAGAAGCUAGUUGAGGAACGCGAUCAACUAAAAAGCAUGUUUGAAAAAUCAAUUCUAGAACUUCAGCAAAAGUCUGGUCUGAAAAACUCCCUUCUGGAACGCAAACUGGAGUACAUCGAGAAGCAAACGGAACAACGGGAAGCCAUCCUAGGUGAGGUACUAUCGCUCGCAGGAAUCGAGCCGCAGUCGUUGAGUAUUCGUAUUGAAAAGCUUCUGGUGCAGAAAAAUGACAAAAUUCAAGACCUGCGGUACGAGUUUGCCCGUGUCAGUAAAAUGUACGACGAUCUGCUCUCGAUGAUCGAAGCAAAACUGUCCAAGUUUGGUAUUACGUUGAAGGAUCUCGAAUUGAGCAGUUUACGUUUGGAGAAGUGA